AUGAACCACUACCUGAACUUGGGCCUCGGCUUCAUCGGGGUGUCGAUCGUCUACUUCUUAGUCGCUUCUUUCCUUGCAAAGCGCUACCAUGCUAGAAAAGCCAAAGAGCUUGGAUGUCAACCAGCCUGGGAGCGCCCUUAUCGGUGGCCGUUGGGCAUUGACUUGGUCUGGGAGAUUGUUCAGGCAGACAAGAACAACAUUGUUCCCAGUUACUUCCUCGACGUCUACAACAACAGGACUGGCAAAAAAUCAACAUGGCAACAAAAUAUGCUGGGAACCAUGGGCUACGUGACAUCGGAUCCCAAAAAUAUCCAGGCAAUACUUGCUACUCAAUUCAAUGAGUUUGAGCUUGGAGAAGUGCGACGUGGCAAUUUCUUCCCCAUGUUGGGCAAUGGCAUCUUCACCACUGACGGCAAAGCAUGGGAACAUUCUCGGACUCUUCUCCGCCCUCAGUUUGCUCGCCAACAGGUCGCCGACUUACAAUUGGAAGAAAUCCACGUCCAAGACAUGUUUAGGCAUCUGACCACCACGAACGGGUGGACUGCUCAAGUCGACUUGGUCCCGCUUUUCUUUCGUCUGACGCUCGACUCUGCCACCGAGUUUCUCUUUGGCCAAAGUGUGGACUCACAACUCACCGCUUUGCCUGGCUACACGCAAAAGGCCCGGAAACCUGGUGAACUGGACUGGACGGCAUUUGCUUCCUGCUUUGAUGGCGGCACCAAUGCUCUCGGCGUCCGCGGUAGAUUGGCAGAGCUGUAUUGGCUAUACAGCCCUAAGCACUUUUAUGACAAAUGCAACGAGGUCCACAGGUUUGCUGACUACUAUGUCAAUCUUGCAUUGACUACCGACCUGUCGUCGUUGAGUGAGCACCACCUGGAAAAGGGCCAAAAGAAGGAGAAGUACAUCUUCUUAAAGGAACUUGUGCAACAAACACGGGACCCUAUCGAGCUUCGGAGCCAAUUGCUAAACAUUCUUUUGGCCGGUCGCGAUACAACAGCGGGUCUACUUGGCUUCACCUUUUACUCGUUAGUCAGACAUCCCGACGCCUUCAAGAAAUUACGUGAGAUCAUAUUAGAGGAUUUCGGCACCUACGAAGAUCCCAAGUCGAUUACCUUCGAAACACUCAAGGCUUGCUCGUAUCUACAAAACGUCCUGUCCGAAACACUUCGACUCUAUGCCACUGUGCCCUUCAAUAGUCGCCGGUCAAAUCGGGACACAACCCUCCCUCGCGGCGGAGGUCCGGACGGUAAUUCGCCAAUCUAUGUGCGAAAGGGGACAGAGGUGAACUACUCGGUUCACAUUAUGCAUCAUCGGGAAGAUAUCUGGGGACCUGAUGUGGAAGAAUUCAAGCCCGAGAGAUGGGUUGGACGGCGACCGGGCUGGGAAUUCCUUCCGUUCAACGGCGGCCCUCGAAUUUGUCUUGGACAACAAUUUGCGCUGACGGAAGCCGGCUACGUUAUUGUCCGCAUGCUGCAGAAGUUUGACGUUAUCGAGACUUACGAGACUGAUCCAAUCACGCGCUUUUCCUACGGACUCACCACUGCACCCUUGCGCCUUCCCGUCCGUUUCCAUGAAGCAUCAGCGAAUUGA